GCCUGCCCCAAUCGAUACGUCAUUGCUCGCAAUACAGGAAGUAAACAAACCAGACCGAGGAGUUGACGCCGAGAAGCUCACGAGACCUCUCACUGAGUGCUGGACGGCUCGUGCAGGGUGCAGGUCUGUUUGAGCUCGCCUCGCGCUGUAGUUCGUUGAAUGCAUUUAUGAGCAGGCGUCGCGCGCUCCUGGAGUAACGUGUCUUUGGAACAGGAGUGAUGGUACCCGGCAGGCCUGAUCUUCACUUCUCCAGUUGAGGCCAUUGAGACAGUAACCCCUGCAGCAUUAUGGCUGAGGUGUGGGGACAGAGGAGUUUGCUGGGCGUCGGUGUGGUGUUGGCCUGGCUUGUGCUGUUCCACCUGCUGGUCAACAUCUGGCUGCUGUGUGUCUUCACUAGCCUGCUCUUGGUGCUCGGGGGCUGGCUCGGUUCACAGACUGUUCUGGAGUCCAACAGUGUGAUUCACCUGGAGAGGUUUAUCACCUGGGAGCAAAUUCCAAAUUCUGAGAAGGAUGAAAAUGAUCUGGACCAGGAGAUCCACAACACAGUGAAGAAAAUCAUCAGAGACUUUGUUACCUCCUGGUACUCCACCGUGUCCUCUGAGAGUGCUUUUGAAACAGAGAUUGAAGAAGCCAUGAUCUCCAUGGCCGCGAGGCUGAAACUGCGAGCAAGAACAGCUGACAGGAAGGAACUGACCCAGAGGGUCCUCGAUCUGUUCAGCUGCCAUCUGCAGGACUACAUCAAAGCCAAGGAGCUGGUGACCGAGCAGCAGGUGUCUCUGAGAGCAAAUCGAAGCAGCGAGAACGAGCAGCUGUGGAAGGCUUAUUCCAGCAUCAGCACCCCUCACCUCGCCGUGACCAGUGAAACAGUGGAAAUCAACUAUGUUAGAGCAGUCACAGACUUGCUGCUGCAUGUUUUAGUGCCUUCACCUCACUUGGAAACGCGCACUGGACGGUUUGUGGUUGGAGAGCUGAUAACCUGUAAUGUCCUGUUGCCUCUCGUUGCCAAACUGUCUGACCCUGACUGGUUAAACCUUCUCAUACUUAAAAUAUUUGUCAGCCAACCGCCAGAGACAACAGAAUCACCAAAUUCAUCCCCGCUGCUACCCUCUCCACCUAACGACCCAGAGGUCGCUCCAACAUUGCAGACAGCACAUGUUCCUCAAAAGAACAGCGACGUUCCUCUGCAGAGAGCGGAGGCUGAAAAGAUCAAUCACACAGAGACUGCCACGCCCACGCCCGCAGCCUAUGAUGUGCCCGACUCUGCGGAGGCAGACUUUCCACAAUACAGCGCCGAAGAAGAUGAAACUGUUCGACCCUUUUUAAGGCGUUACACAAGAGGAAGCAAGUCAAACCCAUUUUACCAGGAAAAUGACUCUGACCCGGAUUCUCCUUUGGCUGAUUUUAAACGCAGUUCCAGUGAUUCUUUGGUCAUGAUCGGACAAGAUGAUGGUCUGGAUGACAGUAGGAAAGAUUGCGCCACAUCUGUCGAGACCAACGACGGGUUGGAUUUGGAGGAUGUUUGCCACAGUCCAGUGGAUGGCCAACCCAAAUUCGUGCUGAGUUCAGAAUCGGAGGAGCAGACUAAUGGCUGUGUCCUGCCAUCGCUCAGCACAGCAGAGGGGGGCUCCAGUAUCAGCAGGCUUCAUUCCUUGGAGAGAGAAGGAAUCGCCAACAGAGGCCUUCUUAUGGGCGCAGAGCAGACUGGGGUAGUGAAUCCCAAUGAGCUGAGUGUUGUCAGUACAUUGCAGUGCUGUUCCUCUGUUCCCACGUUCAGUUUUGAGCCCCUCAGCAGCCCCGAGGGACCCGUCAUCAUCCAAAACCUCCGCAUCACUGGAACCAUCACGGCUAAGGAGCACCGAGGCACCGGCUCGCACCCCUACACACUUUACACCAUCAAAUAUGAGACAGCAAUGGCUUGUGAGAACCAGGCAAGCAUCCAGGCAGGCUUUGAGGAUGCAGAAAUCGUACAGACGGGCUGUGAGAAUCCAUCUUCUGCUCAGUCUGUAGCCUAUCACAUGGUCAACAGACGCUACAGCGAGUUCCUCAAUCUGCAAACACGACUGGAAGAAAAAACAGAACUGAGGAAACUCGUCAAAGGCGUGAAAGGUCCAAAGAAAAUAUUUCCAGACAUGCCGUUUGGAAACAUGGACAGUGACAAGAUAGAAGCCAGGAAGGGCCUCCUGGAGAGCUUUCUAAAACAACUGUGCGCCAUCCCUGAAAUAGCCAACAGUGAGGAGAUGCAGGAAUUUCUCGCUCUCAAUACAGAUGCCAGGAUCGCCUUUGUCAAGAAACCUUUCAUUGUGUCACGCAUAGACAAGAUUGUGGUGAAUGCCAUUGUCGACACCCUGAAGACGGCGUUUCCUCGCUCAGAGCCUCAGAGCCCCACAGAGGAUAAUGACACUGAGGUGGAUGGAGGCAAAAUAGGUGCCGAUAAGAAGACCAGAUCUCGUCUGAAGUUCUCCAGUAAAAACGUUCCCUGUAUGAAUGGCUCAGACAUGAGACCUCCAGUUCUGUUCAGUAUGGAGCAGACCAGCACAAUGUUGAAUGGGAUGUCUCUGGGAUAUUUGCAAGCCUUUAUCAAUGAACAGGAGAAACAGACCAUGAAGGAUGAGACAGAGAGAGGGACCUGUGCAGGAUUAAGAGAAUUUGGAGGCCAUCUGGAUCUCAGGAAGAGUUGGGAACAUGGCAUCAGCUUUGAAUCUGAGAUGGCGCUGGCUGAGGUGGCUCUGAACAUCCUGUGUUUACUGAUGAAGGAGCAGUGGAGCUGGCUGUGCAUGGAAAACAUCCAGAAGACCAUCAGACUUGUGUUUGGGACCCUUAUUAACAGAUGGCUUGAUGUGAGUGUGUCCAACCUCACAUGUACCAGGUACUGGGUGGUGUACCUGCAGGUCAUCCAGGAGGCUGUGUGGCCCGGUGGAGUUUUGCCAACUGCCCCGGUGUUUGAACGCAGCCAGCAGCAAAAGGAUGACGCCAAACAACAAGCUUUACGCUGUCUGAUGAGACUCUUACCAGAUCUGGUCUCAGAUGUGUUGGGCUCAGAGAAGUACAGACUCAGCUGGCAGACUGUUCUGGACUCUUUUCAGGACCCCCACAUCAACAGACACCUGGUGUACUGCAUAUUUGAUCUGCUGCUGGAGUUCCUGGUUCCUGAAAUACCUGAAGAAAACUUCCAAAGAAGCCUGCUGCAAACCCUCUGCAAGAACCCAGAGAAGCUACUGACAUGAGGAGAUGCAUGUAAACCCACCUUCCAUCAUCUUAGCUUGUCUCAUCUACAACUCCCAGCAGUGUGACAGCAGGGCUGCUUCUAAUAUCAUGUUCUGCACUGAGAGUGUGAGUGGGUGAUUUUGGUCAAGUUGCGUCUCUGUCAGCCCGACUCUUCAGGGUGACUAAGAUCUGUGUCUAAUUAUGUGUUGAUGUAGUGACAUACGAUAUGAUGCUCUUGAACAUGGUGUCCUGGACACACACACACACACACACACACACACACACACACACACACAGACUACAUUUGAAACAGAUGUGAUUACAUGAGAGCACCUGGUGUGUGUUUGAUCUCACAGUGCACUGUUCAGAUCUAAACAUGUGGUAAAGCCUCCUGCGAUAUCCACUUCCAGCCUCUUCCUGUCUGCUAAACACCCCAGAUUUCAUUAAACUCCCUUCAGAUGGUCUUCACACCCUGCCCUUAUUCCCCUCCACGGUCUUUUGGUAGAAAAGCUUAAGAAGCAGGAUUGCUUCGUCCUUUUCCACUUAAGUCUCACAACACUCUCUCAGAGUCGCUGUAUCAGCUUGUUUCUGACUCAUCCUUCAGUAUCGCUCCGGAUCUGUACAGAGCCACACAUGUGAUUGUUACAUUAUACAUCUGGAUACGAUCUAACCUCUAAGUGAGGUGAAGGGUUGGACAGAUGAUGUUUUACUGGCCUGACGUCACAGUCCUUUAACAGUUGAUGCCUACAUAACAUAAGAAGAGUCAGCACAAAGACGGAAGGAUGGAAGGAAGAAAUAAAGGAUGUAGGAAGUGUCUUGGCCUAGAUCCAUUUUAAUGUCUCGCUUUAGUCUUUGCUUAAAUUGCAGAGCUUGAAUUACUAAUUAACCAGUUUUCCUAAAGAGUUGAUACAAUAUGUCAUUACUCAACUUUUCCUUUGAUCUAUGUACACUGAUGACUGACGAGUUACCGCUGCGUUGAGGAAACAAUUCUGCACUUUUUCCCAGCCUGUCAGCAUAAAUAGAAGCUGUUUGCUGGGGUCCAUCGCACGUUCUGACAGUUGAUUUUCCAAAAACAGCAGAACAUCUGACCACUGUGUAUUUGAGGGUCAUUCAUUCUCUGGAUAAGAAUGUGCCGGCUUGUAGAUCCAGUCUUUAUGUGUAGGUUGUCCAACGUUGCUUUGUGGGAGUACAGGGUUGAGAUCUGUCCAAAGUUUAAUAUCACCUCGGUGUCUGAUGAGCAUCCUCGCUGUGAGUGACUCCUUUAUGUACUGUCACACUGAGCUAUUUCAGGAAACCUUUCACAAACUGUGCACACGUAGGUUUCUUUCUUUGUAACGACAAACUCUUCAGCUGUGAUCAGUCCUCAAACAGAAGGAAGGAAGUGAUGACACAGCUGAUAGCACCUCUCAUAGCUCAAACUGAAAGUUACAGCUCAGUUUUGUCUGUCGUGGAACAAAAAUGACCCAUCUUUGCACUUUGCCGUGUUUUACUUAGUGUCCCAAGUUUUUUGUGGAAUGGGGCUGAAUCAGUUACAGCGACUAAAAACCUAAACUGAUCAACGGCAACAUGAAACCCAACUAAUGUUGUGCAGCUCCCCUUCCCACCACCAGAACAGCUGUGACUCAUCAGGGAUGUGGGAACUGGACCUGUGGGGGUUUCCUGUGGUGCCUGUGUGCAGGUAUUUGGUCCUGUGGGUGUACUGCACAUAUUCAGUCAGAUCUGUGAAAGGUUGGAAGCUCGGCUCCACGUUUAGUGUUGUCCUGCUGACAGAGUGAUUUUGCCAUUAUAGAUUAGCUGCUCUACAUGAUACCCAUAUGGAUGCUGGGACCCGCGGUUUCCCUACAGAACAGUGCACUGUACAAAUCUCAUCAGUUUAUAGACUUCAGCAAGUUUCACAUUUUUAAUUUUCAGAGUUUUUCUAUUGUGCACGCUGAAAAUGUUCAUAAAGACGCUUCUUGAGCCAGUAUAUAUGACCUUGUUGCAGACCUGCCUGAUGACCAUGAAGUGAUGCUGGUAACCCUCCCAUGAGAGCUGUAGCACAUGGUCUGCAGUCACUUUGAACAUAUUGUUGAAAGUUCUGGCACCUUUAACGGGCAGCCUUAGGGUCUCAUGAUCACAUAGAAAAUGUUACAGUUUCUCAAAGCAUCCUUAUGAACAAUGUUACAGCAUUUCAUUUGUUGUUACCCUCCCGUCUUAUGUUGAGCACAUCUAAUGUGACUGAAUCUGCACAUUCGCCUUGUUACAAACUGAGAUGUUGUUGUGUUUUGCACUCAUGUCCUUGUGAAGUUGUAUCAGUCUUGUCUUAACUUCCUGUCUUUCCUUUCCAUUAUAUUAAUGUGUCACUCGGUGUAUUUAUGAAAUUAUUUAUUUGUGCCCAUAAAAUCGAGACAGAUGUGCCAGUGACAGAGACGACAGGCCUCUGCUGUCAAGUGCUUCUAUGUCUCUGUGUCCUGCCUUACAGUGUGACUCUGCAGUGGAACCAUGCCUCAGCACAGCCCUCUGUACUGAAACACUUUACAAGCUUUGUGUUUUUUAACCGUGUCAGACUCUGCUGACUGCUGUGAAGGAUGUGUGUAACAGAUGGAACAGCACGUUAUCUUCCUGCUGUUGCUGCAACCGUGACAGGUAGUAGGUAGGUAGGUAGUAGUUAUUACCGGUGUAACAUUUACAGCAGCUGGUCCAGCACAAGCAAAGUGUGUUUCUCUAAGAAUGAAGACGUGCUGUUUUACGUGGGAGUGAUAGUAUAAUAUCUCACACAUUAAACUGAGUGGAUAUGCAGAGAAAUCCUGAUGUGUGCCAGGCUACAGUGUUCCUCUAACCCCUGUAAGCGCUCAGCCUUUCACAUAAAGCAUUUUCUCAAAGCUUACUGCCAGUUUUCUAAAAUAAAUGACUACGCGCUGGAGGCUUUACAUACAUAAUGGUAAAUGAGACAUUUUUCCCAAUAAUGAAAAGGUUUUAAUAUAAGAAGAUAUGGAGCCAUGAGUGUCAUGUGAAAAAAUGGAUUACCAGUCAGAGUCAGUACUGUAAAUACUUUCACGACAAAUCAGUGAUGCUGAGUGAUGCUAGGGAAACAGGAAGGUCCUAAUGUGGUCAUCUGUGAGCACAGCAGCCAAAUUCACUGCUGUUCAAAUCUUCAGUUCCUGAGGGAACAAGAUGGUUGGUUUGAAAGGUUUGUUUCAUGCAGAUGAACUGUGCUGCACCAAGGCCCAGUAUGAGCCAAAUAUGGCUCAUUUUAAACUGUGAAUCAUGCAAAGCUACUCUAAUGGAGUCUGAGAAAUACAACAUGUGGCUGGAAACAAAUAGGCCUGCUUUACUCAGUAGUAGAUGUGAGACAUUAUCUUUGUAUUGUGUUAAUGCCAAAAUAUACAGUAAAGAGCCACAUUUUUGUAAACAGCACAGACACUAAUGCAUUAUGUUAACCUGUUUGACUGCUCGGUUCCCCUCCUCGGUGUUUGUUGCCCGUCUGCACCGUGACUUGUGACCGUGUGCUCGUGCUGUCUUUGUAAACCUUCACAUUAAAAAAACCCCAAAACAAUAAAGUGACGAACCUGAGCUGUUAAAUCUG